AUGUGCAACCCGCAGAUCCCGUCCCAUACCUGGCAACAGAUUCAAGGAUUUGAUGAUACUCCGCCGCAGGUGGUACUAGCCCAUCACACAUCCACCCAAACCCAGCCAGUUGGACCACCACACAUGCCGCAGCUGAGGAUCGACUCCCCGAUGGAAUCGAGGGUAGCUAGCGUAUUGAACGAAAACCAGAUGUACAUGUAUCCAUCUAUACAGCAAAAGGCUAGAAUCGUGCCUACACCACAGGGAGCCCAAGCAGUUCCAUCCCAGCCAAACGUCAAUUUUGAGGAGCCUCUAUCAACUGAAUUAGACCUCAGCGUUGAGCCAUGGAGUAUGCACGAAAGCCUCAAGUGGUAG